CCCCCCCCCCCCCCUUCUUUCUCCCAUGUCCUAAGCCCGGGGGCUCUCACCCGCUCACGCUCACUGAAGAUGAACCCUCACAUAUCCGUCCCCCGCCAACAUGCCAGUCCGUCCAGCUUCGGCGGCACCACCCCAGCCAGCCGCGGAUCUAGUAUCCGGAUUCCGCGAUUCUUCAAGAGACUGUUCAAGUUCCCGCAGAUGGACUUCGAGAUGGCCAUCUGGGAGAUGACAUCGCUGUUGAUUGCGCCGAAGAAGGUCUUCAAGUCGAUCUACUACCAUGUGAAAACGAAAAACACCUGGCACCGCCCUGACCCCUCGUUUACCUACCUACUAUCUUUCUUCCUCCUCCUCACAGCCCUCGCCUGGGGUCUCGCUUAUGCGCCGUCCUUCGGAGCUAUCGUCCGGCUCUCUCUACUAUUCAUCUUCCUCCACUUCAUCGGCUCCUCCCUUUUGGUCUCCACAGUUGGAUACUUUGUGAUCCCACGGCUGUUCGGUCCCGACGGCGUGGCCGCUUCCCUGGCAGGAUUCAGAGGCGGUCGCGGACGGAGGCGCGGCGCGGCGCAAGGCCUCUUCACACAACCCGGAGAAAAGGACCAGUUGGAGUUUGGAUACUGCUUCGAUGUAUCGAAUCGGGCGUUCUUCCCUCUGUAUCUACAUCUCUACGUUGUCCAGUUCCUGCUCCUCCCGCUUCUCACGCGCAGCCCGAGCAACUUCCUCGCCACCUUCCUCGGAAACACUCUCUACCUGUCUGCGCUAACGUACUACACCUACAUCACCUUCCUCGGAUACAACGCGCUCCCGUUUCUACACAACACGGAGCUCCUCUUGCUCCCCAUUCUGGCGUUCGUGGUCCUGUGGCUGGUCAGUCUGAUUGCGGGAUGGAGCGUCGUGAUGCAAGGAGGGGGGGUGGAAGGUCUUUUCUGGGGUGCAUGAUCACCUCGGCAGCAUAGCAUAAUCGUGUGGUGCUGGAACAUGUCAACCACGGCGUUCCUGCACCCGUCGUGACCAUCUAUGAUGCAUCCGGAAUCCAGCUUUUUUCUUCCAUUUUCCGCUUCGUUCUGGCGCCGGUGUAUAUGGUGACUUUUUGGUAUGAAUCGUAUGUUGUGUCAACGGAAUGGGUUCAAGGAGCAUAAUGUCGUUGCAUCCGGGUUUACUGUUCAUCUCUUCUGUACUCUGCCUCCAAGCUCGGGCAGAUGACAAAGACAAUGUUGUAUACUGUACAGCAUAGCUGGUUAUAUAGCUCCUAUACAGAUUUCCAGAUCUACCCCAG